AUGAAACUUUUGUAUAAGGAGCAGCCGCGAACAUUGGUGGUGUCCUCCAAAACAUUCAGUCUCACAUUCCGAACCAAUGAAAAGCAAACCCAGCUCGCCAAACCAACGGUGAACUUAGACCUCGUGCCCAACGAGUCCAUCGCGAGAGACGACAGGUUCAAACCUUUGCUCAAGAGAGACGUAUCGGGGUGUCUUGGGUUGAUCUACGUCGAGAACCAGAUUUUCCUCGCGGUGAUCACGAGAGCCACGAAAAAUGUUGCUUCGCCCAUCUUUGGCGAAAGUGUCGACAAGAUCGACUUGGUUGAUUUCGUGUCGUUGAACAACAAUGAGUGGGAUUUCAUCGAGUUGGAUGGCCAAGGUUAUCCCUUGGUUGGUCCCGAAGAAAUGCAAGAAGACCGACUCGACCGUGUACAGCAACACCCGUGCUUUGAAUUUAAAAAGUUGCUAUCGAAUGGCUCAUUCUACUACUCUAAUGAUUUUGACCUAACGUCAGCUUUGCAGAGUCGAGGCGCCGAGGAGAAAGUCAACACUUUGAGCCACUACCAGCCGCAGUACAUGUGGAACUCGUUCCUUAUUGAUGACAUGAUCCGGUUCAGAUCAAAUUUGGAUAAACACAACCAGUUGAUUCUCGAUGACAACAAGUUUCUAACCACAGUGAUUCGCGGGUUUGCCAAGACCGUGUACACUAGAGAUGGAGAAGACUCGUUCACCAUCAUCUCCAAGCAGUCAUGGAAACGAGCAGGCACAAGGUACAACACUCGUGGAAUCGACGAUAAUGGCAACGUGGCCAAUUUCGUUGAGUCCGAGUUUAUUUACAAUAACCCUUCGCACUCGUCGAUAUACACAUAUACUCAAAUCAGAGGCUCGGUGCCUACGUUCUGGGAGCAGGACUCGAGCUUGAUGAACCCGAAAAUCACCCUUACUAGAUCUCUCGAGGCCACCCAGCCGGUUUUCAACAAGCAUUUUGCUGAAAUCGGCGAGCAUUAUGGAGUUUGCCACAUUAUCGACCUCUUGUCCAAGACCAAGUCGUCCGAGGUUCAAGUUUCCAAAAGGUACCGGCAGUUAUACGAGCACUGCGACAGAAGAGAAGAGAUUGAAUACACCGAUUUCGAUUUCCAUCUGGAGACCAAAGUCGGUGGUUUUUCAGCAGCAACAAAGAUUCUUCGUUCGAUUCAAGAAUCCUUGUAUCAAUUUGGAUUCUUUACAUUUGACAUGAAUCUGGGCCAAGUUGUCACGCGUCAGGAUGGUGUAUUUCGAAUCAAUUGUUUGGAUUGCUUGGACAGAACAAAUUUAAUCGAACAAGUCAUCUCGCGAACUGUCCUCGAUAUUAUUUUAAAGGGACAAUACGCGGGCAGUGCUCGAGACGCGGCCCACAUUGAGUACUUGAAACAGUUGCAUAAUAGCUUAUGGGCCGAUAAUGGCGAUGCCAUCUCCCAGAUUUACACGGGAACCAAUGCGUUGAAGUCUUCCUUUUCGAGGUCGGGCAAAAUGAAUCUCGCAGGGGCAUUAUCGGAUGUUUCAAAAUCGGUCUCGAGAAUGUAUCAAAACACGUUUGUCGACGGCAAGAAACAGUCAACCAUUGACUUGCUAUUGGGUGUCGCGGGACCAUCGCGCAAGGUUAAGAUAUAUGAUCCAGCAAGCGAGUAUGUCACUGCAGAAUUGAAAAAGCAACGCCACGUUUUCUCCACGAGCGACAAAAUCAAGAUUUUCACAGGAAGCUACAAUGUCAAUGCCUUGGAGCCAAACACAAACAGGCUUGAUCUCACCUCGUGGUUGUUCCCACCUGAAAAUGACUCGAUGUCCGAUAUAGUCGCGAUUGGGCUCUUGGAAAUGAUUGAAUUGAAUGCCGGCUCAAUAUUGAGCGGCGACGCAUCCAAACCAGCAAAAUGGGCAGCGCUUUUAAAUGAACAACUAAAUUCGCAACGUGAACAAUACGUGCUCUUGAGAACGGAGUCGAUGACCUCGAUGUCGUUAUUCCUUUUCGUCAAGAGAUCUAAAGUGCACCAUGUCACCUCGGUUUCUGGAUCUUAUAAGAAAACGGGGUUGGGCGGCAUAGCAGCCAACAAGGGUGCAUGCGCAGUUCGAUUUGACUAUGGAGCAACCUCAUUUGCCUUUGUCACUUCGCAUUUGGCUGCGGGUGCCUCUGCCGUUAUGGAGAGGUUCAACGACUACUCGACGAUAUUGCUGGGCUUGGUGUUUACUCGGAACUACUCAAUCAAAGACCACGACCACGUGAUUUGGUUUGGCGAUUUAAAUUAUAGACUUCAAUUGCCAAAUUACCAGUGCCGCGACUUCAUCCAGAGUGGCGCGUUUGAUGAGUUGAUGCAGUAUGAUCAGUUGACCGAAGAGAGACACAAGAGAGGUGCAUUUCAAGAGUUUACCGAGGGUGUCAUCAAGUUUUACCCAACUUAUAAAUUCGACAAGGGAACUUCCGAUUACGAUACCUCGGAAAAGCAACGGGUCCCUUCAUGGACUGAUAGAAUCUUGUAUCUCAGUGACAAAUCCUUGAAGAACGAUUUGCAGCAGUUGAAUUACAACUCGGUGAUGGACAUGUUUAUGAGUGACCACAAGCCGGUUUACGCCACGUUUGAAGCCAAAGUCGAAUUCAUUGAUAGAGAGAAAAAGAGCGAGAUUGCCAGGGGCUUUUACGAGGCAUAUAGGAAAGAGCACCGUAACGUCUCCGAUUUGGUAUCCUUGCGCUCGAUCUCGCCUACCCCAUCCACGUCAACGUCGUCCAAAUCCGAGUCCAGUUUUGCUGUUGAUGCAUUGAAUGAUCUCAAUUUGUUGGAUGAUUUUGAUUCAAAUGCACCGGAUUUGCCAUCGAGACCAAACCCAAACAGCACCGCUCCUAAUCGUGUGCCUCCUCCCCCAGCUAGCAGAAAGACCACGUCGACCGAGUUGAAACUCAAGCAACCUCGCACUUUGCCACCACCACCGAAAUCUUACAUUACCCCAAACAACAACAACCACAACAAUAAAUACACCGACAAUGAUGAAAACGGAGACUCGACCAAGACUCCACCUCGAAGAUUGCCACCGCCAUUCAACUCAACUUCAACGCCCGAGUUUUCAUCACCAAAGCCGCCACCUCCUAGAAAAGUCAUGACGGCUUCACCUGCCCCCAUGAGAGUACCCAUUGGGUUUUUAGCAUCGCCAUUGAUCCCCACGAGUAGAUCAAACCUGAACACGCCCACCGCCAACCAAUCGACCGUCUCAUCACCAGCACAAACUGCAGCACCAGCACCAGCACCAGCAGCAUCUGCCACAGUGCCUCCACCAAUUCGAAAGGCCGGCUCAUACGACUCCUCACGACCAAUGAUUCCUUCCAAGCCAGCAUCACUCUCGUCAUCAAAAGUACCCAAGGAAAAUGACGAAGAUUUAACUCCAGUUUCAUCAAAGGAACCGCCAGCGCCGCCGGCUCCUAGAAAUAACAAUAUGAGAAACAUGUCAGAUUGGAAACCAUUAGUUCCAAAAUAG